AUGCCUAGAUCAAAACGUUCCAAACUUGUGACAUUAGCUCAAACCGAUAAAAAAGGUAGAGAAAAUAAAAAUAGAAUCUUUGAUGAAGUUAGAGAAGCUUUAGAUACAUAUAGAUUUGUUUGGUUAUUUUAUCUUGAUGAUGUUAGAACUCCAGUUUUACAAGAUAUUAGAUCUGAUUGGGUUGGAUCAAAAUUAAUCUUAGGUAAACGUCGUGUUUUGGAAAAAGCACUUGGUGAUAAAAUUGAAGAUGAAUAUAAAGAAAAUUUAUCAAAAUUUUCUAAAUUAGCUGAUGGUGUUACAGGUUUAUUAUUUACAAAUGAAGAUGUUGAAACAACAAGUUCAUAUUUUGCUGCAUAUACUAAACAAGAUUAUUCUCGUGCUAAAUCUAAAUCACCAAUAGAUUUCACUAUACCUGAAGGUAUUAUUUAUUCAAGAGGUGGUCAAAUAUCAAUUGAAGAUGAUGUUCCAAUGUCACAUUCAUUAGAAGAAACAAUGAGAAAUAAAUUUAAAAUCCCAACAAAGAUUAAAGCUGGUAAAAUCACAAUUAAUGAACCUUAUCAUGUUGUUAAUAAAGGUGAUGUUUUAGAUGUUCGUCAAGCUUUAAUUUUAAAACAAUUUGGUAUUGCUGCAUCUGAAUUUAAAGUUAAAGUUAAAGCUUAUUAUGAUAAUGAAACAUCUGAAAUUAAAAUUGUUGAUCUUAAUAUGGAAGAAAAAUAA